AUGAGCGGCUGGGCAAAUGCACAUGGACCUCCAUGGUCUUUCAUGUUCACUGCCAAGGUCGAUGGCACUUUCAUCGAUCUCUCGAUUCCAGGAGAGUUCCAUUAUGAGCCUGCAAACCCUAACGAUACCAUGGCUGAGGCCUUCCUCACCAGCUUCCUGCAAACCCGUAAUAGUCUUCUGAUUACUAUUCAAGGAGAUUCUGCAAGUACACCAUUUGCAUCACUCCAGCCAGCCCUUGAGGCGUGA